AAAAACUGUUAAAACCCUAAUCCCUCUUUCUCCUCGUCGUCGCUUUUCUCUCUCUGAGCUCUAAGGACGAAGAUGACGGUGGAAGCAGUGAACCCUAAGGCGUAUCCGUUAGCUGAUUCUCAGUUAGCGAUAACGAUCCUGGAUCUCGUUCAACAGGCUACGAACUACAAGCAGCUCAAGAAGGGAGCUAAUGAAGCUACCAAGACGUUGAACCGUGGGAUCUCUGAGUUCGUCGUUAUGGCUGCCGAUGCCGAGCCGCUUGAGAUUCUUCUCCACCUUCCUCUUCUUGCCGAAGACAAGAAUGUGCCUUAUGUGUUUGUACCAUCGAAACAAGCGUUGGGAAGAGCAUGCGGAGUGACAAGACCUGUGAUCGCUUGUUCAGUUACAUCAAACGAGGCAAGCCAGUUGAAGUCACAGAUUCAACAGCUCAAGGAUGCAAUUGAGAAGCUCCUAAUCUAAGUGAUGGGGUGUCUUGGUAUGAAGAGUUCCAUUUGUGUAAUCUCUUUGUUGUAAUUUCGUCUCUAUGUUGAACGUUUUUCUUCAAGUUUUGGAUCUUGGUGCUUGGUUUGUGUUGAAACAUUAAUGUCAAAGAGCUUUUCUAUGGUC